GAGAGAGAGAGAGAGAUGCGAGGAAUGUGGCGCUAAUGAGAAACCGGAGCGCUGCUGGAACGCAACGCAGGAGCAGAGGCAAGGAAAAAGAAGGAAAAGAACAGUUUGACUGCGAGACAAAAACAGGCGAAAGGAAGAGCAGAGCGAGCCGCAGGAAACACGCAUGGACAGGAUUGCUAUCGCGCGUUCUUGGCAGAGCCGUGCGGGGAUUUGAUCCCGCGGAUUCGACCGGGCUGCGCUGAACCAUGCAGGGGCUGCUGCAGCUUCUCCUGAGUCUCGCGCUCACGUCCCACUCGGUGUGGAUGGCCCGGUUCUCUCAGGAGCCAGCAGAUCAGUCGGUGGUUCUGGGCCAAAGCGUGGUCCUGUCCUGUGUGGUCUUCAAUUACUCAGGCAUUGUGCAGUGGACCAAGGAUGGGCUGGCUUUAGGCAUUGGAGAAGACCUCCGAGCCUGGCCGAGGUACCGUGUGUUACGGUUGGUGGAUGUGGGGCAGUACAAUUUGGAGAUCUCUUCAGCCGAACUCUCAGAUGACUCUCUUUAUGAGUGCCAGGCUACAGAGGCUGCCCUGCGCUCCCGCAGAGCCAAACUCACCGUUCUCAUUCCCCCUGAUGAGCCGGUUAUUGAGGGUUCCCCAGAGAUCCUUCUCACUGCAGGGGUUUCCUACAACCUGAGCUGUGUGUCGCGUGGAGCCAAACCCCCUGCAGUUAUAGAAUGGCAAAAAGAUGGGCUGCCUGUAGAGGGGGCAGUCAGCACAACGGAGGUGCUACCUGAUAGGAAGCGAGUCACCACGCGCAGCUACUUGCCCAUUGUCCCAGUGGACACAGACACAGGAAAGAACUACACAUGCAUGGCCUCCAACCUGGCUGUGCCCUUGGGCAAACGCACCGCUAUCACCCUCAAUGUGCACCAUCGUCCUGUGGUGGUGUUAUCCAUUGAACCACGUUCUGUACUGGAAGGAGAAAGAGUGACAUUCACCUGCCAAGCCUCUGCCAAUCCCCCAGUUAUGGGCUACAAAUGGGCUAAGGGCGGCGUGGUCAUCCAGGGUGCGAGAGAGAGUGUGUUUGUCACUAAAGCUGACCACUCUUUUUUCACCGAGCCUGUUUCUUGCCUAGUGUUCAACGCUGUGGGAAGCACCAACGUCAGCAUACUGGUGGAUGUCCACUUUGGCCCUAUCUUGGUGGUAGAGCCAAAGCCAGUGACAGUGGACAUUGAUUCUGAUGUCACGUUGAACUGUAAGUGGGCAGGCAACCCCCCUCUCACCCUCACAUGGACAAAGAAGGGGUCCAGCAUGGUGCUAAGUAACAAUAACCAACUGUAUUUGAAGUCAGUGAGCCAGGCUGAUGCUGGUCAAUAUGUGUGUAAGGCCAUAGUGCCCAGGAUCGGAGUGGGAGAAACAGAGGUCAUGCUCACUGUCAAUGGUCCCCCCAUUAUAUCCAGUGAGCCAGUCCAGUAUGCAGUCAGAGGAGAGCAAGGAGAGAUCAAGUGUUACAUUGCCAGCACUCCUCCACCAGACAAGAUUGUGUGGGCAUGGAAGGAGAAUGUGUGGGACAAAGAGAAAGGGACUUUACCAGAGCGCUAUACAGUGGAGCAGAGUAAGCCAUCCUCUGACGGAGGAGCAGUGCUGUCUACUCUCACCAUCAACAACGUCAUGGAGUCUGACUUCCAAUCCAGCUACAACUGCACGGCCUGGAACGCAUUUGGCCCAGGAACCAUGAUCAUCACUCUGGAAGAGACUGAAAUCGUCCCAGUUGGUAUCAUUGUCGGCAGCACUGUAGGCUGCACCAUUCUGCUGUUGCUCUGUCUGCUGGCAUUAUUCCUGUUCGUAUAUCGUCAACGGAAAGGAAGUCGCCGCGGGGUCACACUUGGUAAGCCAGACAUUAAGGUGGAGACAAUAAAUAAAGAAACCCACAGCUUAGAGGAAGACUCAGCCAGCGUCUCCACAGCAAGCCGCAUGGUCAAGGCUAUGUACUCACCUUUUAAAGAUGACAUUGAUAUCAAACCGGACUUACGCAGUGACACCUUGGACACGCGUCAGGACUAUGAGAUCAAGGACCCAACCAACGGCUAUUACAACGUACGAGCCUCCACCCAUGAUGAAGUCCGACCUGCCUCCCGCUCCAUGCACUACUCUGACUAUCGGACCUCUUCUGCACCAGGUAGCGCUGCGACUGUUAGUGGUAGCUCAGGCACCGGAGCUUCAGCAGGUCCUGGAACACCGAGCAGCUUGGCUCCUGGGUCACGAGCCGGCUGCUACGACCCUCGACCUCCUUCCAGACUCAGCUAUGCCCAGUUCAACACCUUCAGCAGACCAAGUCAGUCUCAGCAGCCUCCGCCCAGCUCCGGACCUCAAACAGGUGACUUUUCAGCUGAAUGCAGUCUCCUAGACUCAACACCUCAGUUACCAUACGAGAACUACAGCUACCCGUCACACUACCCCACGUAUCGUCUUGGCUUUGCUCCUCCCAGCCUCGCUCCAUUAGAAAGCGGCGCAGCAUAUGAGAUGUACAGCGUAGGGCCGAGUGUAAGCGUCGGAGGUACUGCUGCAACCCCAGAGAGCGGACUCGGGAAGUACGGUAGCUCCACACGUUUUUCCUACACCUCGCAGCAUUCCGACUAUUCCCACCGACACACACAGAGGAUGCAGACGCACGUGUGAAGGAGGAGCGUAAUGCCAUGCUGCGCUGCUCUUCCUCACUUCAGCACACACACUUGACCACAUGCACACAAACAUACACAGGAGGAAGUUGUAAAGAAAGAGAGAAUGAGUGGUAGGAUUCAGAUCAGAAAGCACAGAAGAGAGAGAGAGAGCGAGUGGGAGGGAAAUUGAGAGGUGAGGGAAUUCUCUUUUCAGCUUUUUCGGCUUAUCUCCUCAGCUCAAGGAGCUGCUAGCGAAAGUCACAAUCAAGAUGAAAAAGUAGCAUUAAUAAAGGAUCAAAAAUCUUCAGAAUGCUGACUGUAGAGGUGAGGAGUUAGCAUGGCCACAGACACAUCUUGAGAACUGAAGGAGACUUCUGUGUUUGUCUGUGACAAAAACUAAACAUGGCAGCGGUGGUCAUGGAAGACUUUUGUAUGAAUUCUUGUUAAUGGCUUCUUCAACUCGUCUCCACACCUUUACAAGACAAAAUAAGAAAGCAAUAUAACAGAGAUGACGCCUACAGUAGACUUGCAGUGGUUCGAUGAUGAUUACUAAACAGUCUCACAGACAUUUAUUCGUUCCUCACAUCCAGCCAUGAGCAAAGCACUAAACAAAGCACAACACUAUAUGACCAGAUAUCCUCGGCUACCAAAGCAUUAGGGGUGUAACGAUACAGCAUGUCAUAUUAUAUCAUUCAGUGCAGGGCUUUUGAUUCGAUGUGGUAAUAAAUUCAACAGGCUGCAUAAUAAAGUAGGAUAUUUGGUAUAAAAAUGUUGCUUAUAUUACACUACCAUUCAAAAGUUUGGGGUCACUUUGAAAUGUCCUUAUUUUUGAAAGAAAAGCACUGUUCUUUUCAAUGAAGAUCACUUUAAACUAAUCAGAAAUCCACUCUAUACAUUGCUAAUGUGGUAAAUGACUAUUCUAGCUGCAAAUGUCUGGUUUUUGGUGCAAUAUCUCCAUAGGUGUAUAGAGGCCCAUUUCCAGCAACUCUCACUCCAGUGUUCUAAUGGUACAAUGUGUUUGCUCAUUGCCUCAGAAGCAGGGCUUUGAACCAGAAUUUUUUUCCUAUUGGUUUGUUCCGAACAGAAACGGAAUUUUAACGUUUCCGGUUUUGGGUUCCACCAUUAAAUAGACGUUCCCGAACCGGUUAGAACAAAAAAAUUUCGUUCCCGGAACGGUUAAUUAUGUUCCCUGUCAGCUGUUUAACAAAUGGCUAUAAAAUUAUGUCUCUGUCUCAUCCAGCUUAAGCCAAAUGUAGGCUAAUUCUAUUACAACCUUCAUUAAAUAAGACAAGAAAUAAUUCAAAACAAUUAUUAUUUCAAAUGUUGGCGAUUUGGAUUCUCAGUAUGUCUUCCCAUCUACACAAACAGAAAAAGUGCCAAAAAUGAAAAGAUAAUUCGUUUAGUGUGUUACCAAAGGCUAGUCAGGCCCUAUAGAGGGCUACCGCAUGACGUCACCGCGCCGUGAGAUUUUGUUAGGCGCCAUAUUGGAAGACCAAGUACACAUCUAUGCAAGUACAUACAUUCAUAAAACAAACUACACCUGAAAUGUAGCCAGGGCCGGUUCUGCCCUAAUCUGGACCCGGGUGCAACAUCGCGCAUCCCCCCCCAAAAAAAAAAAAAAACACCAGUCUAAAUCAGGACAACCAUCACAUAACUAUAACUAUAAACAUUUUAUAUCAACUAUUUUAAUUAAAUGGGCUAUAAUAAAUAAGCCUGCAGGCAGCCACGGUGGGCUGCCUCAGAAAAGUAACCAUUCAAUGACACAACUGAAAGCCUGCAGCCACGGCGGGCUGCCUCAGAAAAGUAACCAUUUGUCCUACCUUAAAACUCGUUUUGCAUUUUCUGCCUCCUUUUUUGUAUUUUUGACCCUCCGUUUAUUUUCUUUCCUUUUCUGAAAACCCGAUUUGUGUCCAGACAUUUUGUUCUGCUACCAACGAACUAACUCGUCAGGUCUCGUCUCUCGAGCCCGCGAUGAUUCCCGUGGGAAGGGCAACAAUUGAUACAUUUUUACAAACAGCCAAUAGGGAGGUUGCAACGUUCAGGCUCUUCUUUGCUCAGACACUCAGUAAUGCAAUUACUCACUUUAUCACAUGGAGACGUGAUAGCAGUCCACCUUCCCGCGCUCUCCAUUCAGUCAGCGAACAUCACACAGGAAGUGAACCCCAGCGGGUCAUAGAAACUUGCACAGGAGAAGAAUGGCUUUUUUAUUUGUAGGCUACGGAAACUUUGAGGAACGAAAUAAAAACCGGUAUUAACCGGUUACCAUUAUUUUUAAUAAGCGUUUCUGUUCCGGAACAUAAAAAAUAAUAAAGUUUCUGGUUUCGUUUCUGUUCCAUGUGAAAUAGAAAAAGUUCCCGGUUUUCGUUCCUUGAACCGGUUCAAAGCCCUGCUCAGAAGGCUAAUGGAUGAUUAGAAAACCCUUGUACAAUCGUGUUAGCACAGCUGAAAACAGUUGAGCUCUUUAGAGAAGCUAUAAAACUGACCUUCCUUUGAGCAGAUUGAGUUUCUGGAGCAUCACAUUUGUGGGGUCGAUUAAAUGCUCAAAAUGGCCAGAAAAAUGUCUUGACUAUAUUUUCUAUUCAUUUUACAACUUAUGGUGGAGGGGCGGCACGGUGGUGUAGUGGUUAGCACUGUCGCCUCAUAGCAAGAAGGUCCGGGUUUGAGCCCCGUGGCGGGCGAGGGCCUUUCUGUGCGGAGUUUGCAUGUUCUCCCCGUGUCCGCGUGGGUUUCCUCUGGGUGCUCCGGUUUCCCUCAUAGUCCAAAGACAUGCAGGUUAGGUUAACUGGUGACUCUAAAUUGACCGUAGGUGUGAAUGUGAGUGUGAAUGGUUGUCUGUGUCUAUGUGUCGGCCCUGUGAUGACCUGGCGACUUGUCCAGGGUGUACCCCGCCUUUCGCCCGUAGUCAGCUGGGAUAGGCUCCAGCUUGCCUGCGACCCUGUAGAAGGAUAAAGCGGCUAGAGAUAAUGAGAUGAGAGAAUGAGAACUUAUGGUGGUAAAUAAAAGUGUGACUUUUCAUGGAAAACACAAAAUUGUCUGGGUGACCCCAAACUUUUGAACGGUAGUGUACAUGAGCUGAUUCAAACUUAAUCAGGGCUCACACACUCUCUGUUGAAAAAGUAACUUCCUCGAAAUUACAAAUCAGCUCAAUUUUCUUCUAAGCACGCUGUUUUUCACAAGCUAAUAUGCUAACAUAUUAGCGUAUUAGCAAGCAGCAAUGGCAACCGUCAACACCAAACAUGAACUAGAAAAUUCCUACAAAUCUUUAAAUCCUUGUGUACAGGAGCACUUUGGAUUCCCAGUGGCUUAAAACUCUGAUAGACGGUGACUUAAAGCUUCUGUGUCGGUUGGUAGAACGAGAUGAAAACACAAAGCAGCACACACAUACACACGUCUCUCUACUGAUUACAGAAAAUCAGAGCAGAGAUUGGGAGCUACAGAUGUGAGACCCUGCUUGGUAAUGGAGAACACGGGAUUCAAAAAACAUCCAACAGCAGAAUUUGAAAAAAAAGUUUAAUUAGACCUUUAAUUGUAUUACUUCCUAGUACACAGCUUUUUGUUAUAUGCUGCUAAGAGUCUGAAUGGAUCACACAAACAGUCAUUAUUGCAUUUCAGUUAUCGUACUUUUAUAAUGCUCAAUGUUUUAAUCAACAGAAAACGGAAACCGAAAACAUGCAUUUAGACGAUGCUUUAUUUUCACUGUCAUGAAAAUAUAUUGCUGCAACCUUGUAGAACAGGAUAAGCGGCUACAGAUAAUGGAUGGAUGGAUGGAUGGAUAGAUGAAAAUAUAUUGCACCGAGACACCAUCCUAUCGAAAUCGUGUCAAAUUUGAAUCAUGUGUGUCGUUACACCCCUACAAAGUAUGUGUGAUCAGUUGGACACUAGGUGAUGAAAGGUCAAAACACUUACCUGCUUUACCUGUUAAUUAGUAUCUAGUCAGUAUUCUAGAUUGCUAAGCUACCUCAUGAAGUGGGCUACAAGCCUUAUCACUUAGAACAAUUAUAGGAACAAAAAACUAUAUGUGGUUCACUUACCUUUUACAAAGUUGUCUGUGGCUGAAUGCGUUCAUUCUCAUUAAUUAAAUUAAGUUGAAACUCAUAUCAUUGAAUUAAAGCACUUUUGAUAUAAAAAUAGACACGUAAGGAAGGAAAAGAGACCAGUUCAGGAAGCCAUCAUCCGUGGCCAAUGACAUCUAUUUUUCUUUCUUUCACUCGUUCUCUCUUUCUUUCCUGGAUUUUUCACGAUGGGACAAACCGUUGGGUUGGCACAUGAGUUGGUGGAGGAUGUAGUGAGAUGCGCAAGGGGGCAUCGUAAUAAACCAUAUAUUUUUUCAAAGUGUUUUUACAUGAUGAUUAGUUGAUCUUUGAGCACAUACAGUAUAGCUGCAUAUAUAUACAGUAUAUGUGUGUGUAUAUAUAUAUAUAUAUAUAUAUAUAUAUAUAUAUAUAUAUAUAUAUAUAUAUGUCUGAAUUCCCCACUCGUUUCCACGGUGCUUUGUAGUGGGGUCAUUGUUUGCACUGCAUUCCAGUAUUCUAGCAUAGAUUAUUACCCUUAUAAUCUACCUGUAAUCUCUCAUUUGCACACUAGGCUAGAGUGUUUUGACUAGUCCCGAAAUACAGAAUUAUUUUUUUUCUCAUAUUUCUGUAAAGAAUUGUGGACCAAAGGUUCAUCAUUAGAGUGUCAGUCUUUAUUUAGGUGAUAUUCACCUCAACAAACAAGGAAAUAUGCAGAUUUGUUUGUGUUUGUUGCUUCUGGACUCAACAGUAAUAACGGUGACAGAAAAAAGGUGUUUUAAAGGGUAUGGGACUGCAAAACAUGGAAAAAAAGAAAGAAAAAAAAAGAUGACCCAGCCUUAGGUACACAUACUGAUCUCAGAUCAGGCUGCUAUGCCGUCACCUUAUUAUUAUAAGACAUCAUAAUGAACUAAGUGGAGCUGAGCUUGUCGCCAGUUCUUGGAUGGAUUUCUUGACAGUUUUGGGUUCCCAGGGUCUUAUCCCAGAGAACAGAAUGUUUAUACAUACACACACAUUUUAUAUAUAUAUAUAUAUAUAUAUAUAUAUAUAUAUAUUAUGAUGUGAAGAUUAUCAAUACCUAAUACAUUGGGGACUGUUCCCACACACACUAUCACAGAGACACCUGCUACUUGUGCCAAACACAGACACCUAAGUUGGAGGAAGCAUUUUUUUUGACCAGUAAAAGUCAGACCUGGUCUGUGGAUAUGAAACCAGACAGGUUUUGAAGGAUCAUGAUCUUGUCGAUGGUGAAGACGAAGACAGUCCGUCUCGUAAUGGUCGUCCAUCACGGAACAGUGAGUUGCUGUCUACAGCCGUCGUCUGGGUUUCGAUGCCUUUCAAUUGAAGGAGUCUUGUAAAUACUUUCCCAUGUGUUACUCCUAUUUCAAGUAUUAUUUUAUAUCAUUCAGUGUGAUGCACUCUUUAAAUGCAGUAUUGUUACAUUUCAACAGCGCAAGGGAAAAUUGGCAGAAGGACUAACGUUUGGAAAUGGAUUUUAAAGAUUUUAUGACCUGUUGUUAAAAAAGAACAACCCUAAAUAAUGAGCUGUGUUUGUUAUACUUGGCUGGAGUCCAGUGCGGUGCCAAAGAGCACUCAAGCAGAACGAGAUGCUCACCAUCAACAGAUAGCACCUUUAUACCUGCCUGUGCUGCCCAUUAGUAUGUCUUUAUGGUACAUUUGAUUACUUUGAGCAGUUGACAGAGAAAGAAGUAGUGGGAGGUGUGACCUAACCUAUGUUUGAGGACAUGGUCUUCCUCCAACUUCCUUCUCAAAGGACUGAAGCUCCAUGAGGACUAAAAGAGGGAUAUAUGAAUAUGUGUUGAUUUAAAAGAAAAAAAAAGAGUGGCCUUAGGAAAACAUGACUUUUAUAAUCCAACACUUUAUACGCCAAUUUAAGGCUGGAGGAGAAUGAUGUGUGUGUGUUUGUGAAUCUCUUUGUGUACAAAUAUCUUUAUGUAAUCCUUUACUUCCCUAAAGUUCCUGCUCCAAUACUUUUAUUCUGCUGGUAGGACUGUAUCCUGUAUACUUGCGUCUUAGAAAGCAAAUGUUGAUCUUACCGUACUGUUCUUCAUAGUUGAAGCAUUCUACAGUUGUACAACAGAAGUUAAUAAAUUUUCAUUUUUUUAUUUCAUUAUCUUUUCCCCCCAAUAUUUUUUUAAAAAAUGUUAUGUAAUUAUUUUUUCACAGUAUAUCAAAUAAA